AUGACCCAGGAUGCAGGCGACAGCCACAUGUACUCGGUUCUCCUGCCGACAUACAAUGAGCGUGAGAACCUACCCAUCAUUGUGUGGCUGCUGGUCAAGUACUUCACCGAGGCGAGCGUCGAGUUCGAGAUCAUCGUGAUCGACGACGGCAGUCCUGACGGCACGCUGCAGGCUGCCGAGCAGCUGCAGCGCAUCUACGGAGAAGAGCGCAUCGUGCUGCGGCCGCGCGCCAAGAAGCUGGGCCUCGGCACCGCCUACAUCCACGGCGUGAAGCACGCGCGCGGCGACUUCAUCGUCAUCAUGGACGCCGACCUGUCGCACCACCCCAAGUUCAUCCCGCAGAUGAUCGCCCUCCAGAAGGCGGAAGACCUGGACAUCGUGACGGGCACGCGGUACAGCGGCACGGGCGGCGUGUCCGGCUGGGACUUGCGCCGCAAGGUGAUCAGCCGCGGCGCCAACUACUUGACCCAGGUGAUGCUGCAGCCAGCCGCUAGCGACGUGACUGGCAGCUUCCGGCUUUACCGCAAGGACGUGCUGCGCCGGCUGAUCGGCGCCUGCGUCUCCAAGGGCUAUGUCUUUCAGAUGGAAAUGAUUGUGCGCGCCACGCGCCUCGGCUACCGCAUCGGCGAGGUGCCCAUCAGCUUCGUCGACCGCGUGUACGGCGAGUCCAAGCUGGGCGGCUCAGAGAUUGUCAGCUUCGUCAAGGGUCUGCUGCACCUGUUCGCCACCACGUGACGUGGCCGUGACCGCGGUGACCGUGCUGGGAGGUGAGCGUGGCUCGAGAACAUUCCGAGCUGCUGCGUGGAGCAGCGGCCAAUGAACAAACACGGUGCUGGUAAUUGCUGUGGGUGACCUCUGAAUUGCUACUUUUGUACUGUCGCCUCGCCUUGGGUGAGUUCUGAAAUACCCAUGUUGUGUAUGGUAUUUGGUGGUUGCUUCACCAGGCUUAACAAAUACGAUGAGCAAUGAAAGAA